AUGUCCUUAAACACCAAAGGAAAAUCGCAACUAGAACAAAGCCCGCCUAUCUUGGCAGAUGGACAGCUUUUGCCGCCGUUGAGUAAGAUCGGGCGAGCCAAACCAAAACUGAAAUCAAAAAAGCCUCGAUCCAAGCAACAGCUGCCGAAAAUAAAAACCCAGAAUAUCGACGUGAUGGCAGAGGGAAUGGACUUCAGCCGAGGAGAGGGCAAACUCUAUUUCGACGGUCACGAAUCCGCGGCAGCGUCCCUGCAAAAUUUACGUAGUGACGCUCGUUUUACCGUGGAGCCUACGCAGCUUUCGCCACCGCCAGACAGCCAGACGACUGAUUUAGAAUCUCUUAUAGCAAAUUCUAAGUCAAACAAGAUUAAGAAAGCCCUUUUAGUGAAUUCAGCCGCCCUGACCUUCUCACAAGCCCUUGCAAGCAAAGGACGCGAAGGUCGCUUCAAAAAGCUGGCACGAAUGGUCAAGGCGAAUCUCCUAUGGUCGAAAGAGUCGGACGACAAGGAUGAAGGACGUAAUGAUAAUCAGUCAUUUGUUGUGACGAAUACUGAGAACGGCCAGACGGAGACGGUGUCGUUUAACCCGACUCAUUACAAAGCUCAGGGGAGAACGUAUGGUGGACUGACUGCGAGCACGAAGAAGAUUCUGCUGACGAAUCAGGAUGAUAGAACGGAGGAAGACCUGGAGGUGCUAAAGCGUAUCGUCGAUCGGUUGAAGUGUUUUGAGAAAUACUCGACCAAGGUUCGGCAAGAGAUGGCAAGAGUCGUGGAAUAUGACUCCUUUGAUGAUGGCAAGGUCAUCAUCAAGCAAGGUCACAUUGGUAUCUCGUUUUACUUCAUUUUCUCUGGAGCUGUCAGGGUACUCAUUAGAGAGACGGAUAAAAAUACAGGUAUCAGCAUGAGCCACUGUAUCGGUGAACUGACGGAAGGCUCCACGUUCGGGGAGCUCGCUCUGCUUCAUAACAUCACAAGAACAGCGACAAUCAUCUGCAAAGGCCAUUCUGAAUUCCUCCGCGUGGACAAGGAGGACUUUGAUAUGGUUCUCCGCAGGAGUUACGAGUACGAAUACAAUCAGCGCGUAGCCGGUCUCAAGAACAUCCAACUCUUCAGGGAUCUCAAAGACGAUGAGAUAGAAGCCAUGGCGAAUAAUUGCAAGUCGGUCGAAUACGUCACAGACCAGGUUAUCAUAGGCAAUACAAAGGCCAUCUCCGAAAAUGUUUAUUUCAUCAAGAGUGGUUCAGCCAUCGUGAUCCGGCAAAUGAUUAUCAUUCGUGAGCAGUUCGACAAUGGACAUGUGAAGUAUCACUUUCCCAGUUCUCUUAGGCCUGGUUUCAAUGUAGCUACGCAGAAUGCCCGGGCAAGGAGACCUACCAGGAUGUCCCUCUGCUCUCACAUGAUCGAGGAGAGGCACCUCAUGUCACUGUGCAAAUUACGCAGUGGCAGCUACUUUGGAGUAGGUGAAGAUCUCAUGGAUACCUUUGUGGUUUCGGCAGAAAAGACGGAGGUUAUCAUGGUACCAAGGGUGCUAUUUGUUAAGUACGGACAGCCAAAAAUGCUUGAGCGAAUGCGGAUUGACUGGGAGACGGUGCUACCGGAUAUGAGGACAACAUUCAACAGGUACAUCGAAGAUAAGAAGUGGAGGGCCUACAGACAAGAAGUAGUUGAUGAGGUCAUCUCUAGGAGGAGGUCGGUCCGUUGCACACGUAUUGAGGACGUUCCGCUCUCGUUUAGGCUUAACCUGGCCUUGUCGACCUCUCAUUAUCAUCACUAA